AUGUCAUCGUCCGAACUCGGUCGCCCACGCAAUCUUUUCGAUACACUGCGGAUAUUAGUAAAAUCCGAGAAAGAUGAUACUAUUUUAUGUACUGAAAAUGCUUCAUAUAAUAAUAACAACCGUGGUAUUCCAUUACUAAUCAAGCCUGAGGCGAACGAUUUGUUGACAUCUAAUGUACAAUCUGAUGAUCAAACUGACAACAGCAGCAAUGAAACCGUUAGUUCUAUACCGAUUCAUGAUGGUAUUCAUGUUGAUAACUUUUCAAAUCAUGGAACAAGUAUUUACAAAGCCAUCUCAUCUGUCAAGAAUGAUAUUCAGACCCCACCAUAUCCUUCUCCAGGCCCUUCACAGACAGUAUGUAUAUCAAAUGUAAUUGGUGCUAGUGCUGAUUUUACGAAUCCUAAGUAUAAAUCGUCAGCUACUCUAAGCACUUCCUCAACUCAAAAUAGCUGUUUUAGUGAUAGUUCUGUAAACCAUACCUCUGAUUCACAAGUUUCUGAUUUCCAUGCAAUAAAUGCUUCGUCUAGAAGUAUGACCAUUAUUCAAGAAACGCAUCACAGUACUCAUCAUUUUCCUUCAGUUACUCGAAUUCUGUCAACUGAUGGUCUUAGCGAGCUGUAUAAUGAUGAUCCUGUUUUGCAAGAGUAUAUUCAUAAGAAAUGUACGCUACUAAGAUACCCUGUUCAGUUGGCUUUGGCAAUGUCGAAGUUGUGUUCACCAUCAAACUUGUUCACAUCAGGCAAACAAACUAAUCCCUCGGAUCAUAAUCAGAGUUCAUCUCAUAGCCUUUCUGAUCAUGGUUACAUGGAAAUAGAUGCUAGCCACUUUACCCUAAACCCAUCUGCAAUACUUGCUAAAAACGAUUCUGUACCGAUAAGUAACAUGUACCGGCCCCGAACAAAGGCUCAGUUACGUCACCUAAAUGUUAACAAACCAAGUUACUCAUCAGAAAAAACAAAGAAUUUCACUUUACAGUCCAAAAACAAAAUCUCACAAUCAAAGGAAUCUCAACAGCAUACACUAGUUACGAAUGAAUCAGAUGUGAUUGAAAUUAUGUCCGAUGAAGAGGAAAAAUGUGGUCCAUCCGAAUCAUAUUGUAAGGGUCUUCGUGUUCCUAAAAGCAAUCAACUUAAUCGCCGAUCUCAUCAAUUUUGUAAGGAUCCACGCAAAACAACCAAAUUGUCUACACCAUACAGGUCCCAAGUUGCCCCUAACUAUAAAUGGAAAUUACGCUCAAUGGAAGAUUCUGUUGGACUCCGAUUAGUCUCAUCACUUGAUUUUGAUAGAGAUCCAGAAGCAAAAUUCUCACAGACUCCACAGUGGGUUUAUACUUACACAUCAAAAUAUGAAAAGGGUGAAACAAAAACUCAUUUGUUACUUGGAGAUGUUUUACGAAUUUUGUAUUUAUUACUGGUUCAUUGUAAAAACCAAUUAGUUCUAAGAAAUGUUUUAAAACAUUGUCGACAUUAUUGUCGUAGAAUACCUUUAGGUGAUAUCCAUAUUUGUACAUCAACUGGUUUAUCGCCGUUAAGAUCGAUUUCUUUACCACAUUAUUCAUGUACUGUUUCAAAAUCUACUCCACUAUUUAUUGUACACUGGCAUUCUGAUAAUAUUUUAAAAGAAAUAUUAUCUAUUACAUAUAAUUGUUUAUUAUCACAUGAAACUUGGUACGACUGUUGUCCAAAGAUGUUGCUGCAUACAUUAUCAUACUUAAUUUUUAAACCGGAUGCAAAAAAACGUAUUUUAAACUUUUCAAAAACCUUCUCUGUUAAAUCUAGACAAAUGUCUAAUGCGUUUUCAUUGUUACCAAUGUUACAAACGAAUCAGAACGAUUCUACGAAUAAUUUAUCACUUAAUAACCUACAUGGUAGCUAUCAUGAUAUGGAAUUGUAUACAAAGUUAUUUAAUUGUCUUCCAAAAUCACUUACAACUAUAUUAAAAACAAAUGUUGGUUUACCUGUUUAUCAUAUUGCAGCAUUUGGAUUGCUUAUCAAUUCUUUUCAUAAUACUUGCAUUCGUGUUUUCACUGAUUCCAAGCCAAAUAUGCAUUAUAAUUUCAAUGUCCAAGUGAAUGAAAAGAUAUUCAUUAAUUUGUUUAUUAUCAUGAAACAUUUACAUCAAGCUGUAUCUGUUUGUUUGGGCAGAUUACGUGAUUCUUAUGCAUCGCUUAUGUCAGCUGGUGCCUGUUUGAAAGCAAGAUAUGAACUUUCAAAAACCCAUUGUAAUGAAACUGAGCAACUGUCUUAUUUACGUAUUGCUCGAGGUCGCGCACGUCUUUUCGAAUCAGAAGCUGUUGCUGGAGACAAUAUUGGUCGCAUAUUUAAUGAAGAGGUUAAUCCUCAUAUUCAUAAUCUGAUAAACCUGUUGGAGCGAAUAUACAGUAGUUUACGUCUUUUAACUGGAAAUACAUUCUUAUUUGGUCCGUUUUACAAUCACAACAUUAUGUCUUGUGAUGAAGAAAAACUGGCUUUACUAAAUUCCAAGCAAUGGGUCAUUGAUUCGCUUAAAUAUAUGGAAAAAUUAGUUCAUUUGGCUGCUCCUAUACCAAAGUUUAACUUUUCAGUCUUCAUCGAAACAUCUUUUCGUUUACUGGACUAUCUCACUAGUGAUGUAACUAGACAUCUUCAUUCAGUUAGUGACAAAGUGUUAUAUUUCAAGAGUCAACUAUCACAGACCUAUACAUCCAUUACGAACUCUUGGAUUCCAGCUUACAAAGGCUUAUCCACUGAAGUUAAUUCACGUGCCGAUAUUGACUUAACAUACUUUUUUUCGUCACUGCAAAGUCAAUAUGAUGUAAUUGAGUUUUGGACUCGACGUCAGCAUGAAACAGAAUUAAGGUAUAUUGCUAAAGAAAUGAUGAACCUUCUCAAGACACUUGCUAAAUGCUGUAACUGUCAGUUACUACACAAAAAUUUAAAGUUGCCAUGCUCUAUUCUAAGUAUUCCGUAUGGUUCCAAAAAUAAUUCAUCUCAUUCUCUUCCAAAGGAACCUACUAUAAUUCCGCUAUCAUCUUGGCCACCAGUUCAUCCGAGUUUUAUUCCCACUCAACAUAUAGUCCAAAAAAGCUCGCAGGUACUCACCAAUCAAGACGUUUCUUCUCUCGCCAGUGAUUCACAGGAGUUUGUCUAUUCAAAGCUGACAUUUUCACAUGAUACUUCUGCUAGAGUGUCUAGUUCUAACCUUAACACAGAACUCUCUACCACAGUUAAUAUUAAUAUCCAUAAAUCUGACGCAUGUAAUUUGUACCCGAACAAUAACUUUGUUUGUGAAACGCUGUCUAGUGAUCGAAUCAAUAUUGCUUCAGAUCCAAGUGUUAAAUCACCUGAACCGCGCCUUGUCAGUUGUCAAUCACCUAGCUGUGUUCCUGAUGUGUCUAUUCCCACCCCUGAUAAUCUUCGUCCAGCCGAUAGCACUACUAGAAAUUCAACUUAUCAUCCGGUUCUAAAACACAACUCAAAUUCCUUGAACACAGACACUAAAGAAACUAGUUACCAUAAUAUAACCUCUUUUGUUAACACAAACAGUCCUUUAAUUACUGAUGUCAGUAAAAUUAGGCUUGAUGUUGAUUUAAUAGACAUGGAUGAAAAAUCGUCUAGAGAAGCAGACGUAGUGAAAUCAUGUGAUCAAAAUGUGUGUAAACCCUACAAAAAUCAUCCUGCAUUCGUUAUCAACAAUAAUGAAUCUGAAAAUGAUACUCAUUCUGUUGAUGGUGGACGUUGUAAUGUUCAUAGUAAAACUAAUGUUGAUCAAGAUCAUCAGAUCACAAUCCCUCAAAAUAAUGAUCCAUUAGUUCAGAACAGUGUGCAAACAUCACUUACACCAACUUUAGAGAACGCGAUAGUAUGUGAUACUAGUAAAAUCGAGAAUGAAUGUUCAGAUCAGUCUUCAGUUGUAAUAAAUCAUUUAACCACAUUACCAGAGGUUGCACAUGUAGACAUUUCAAACUCAUUACAUUUAUCGACUUCGUUACAAGACACUUGUAAUGAGCAUGUUAAGAUACCCCAGUGUACGUCUCCAUCCAUUUCUGAUAAAGAUAUAAUCACUGGAAAUAGCACUUUUAUUGCUUCCCUCAAUGAUAUUGAAAUGUUAAACUCAAAGUUUAGUGUAUCUCAGCCUUCUCAAGUUAUUCAUCACAGUUCGGAUAGUUCGUUAAAUGAAAAGGCCCCCAUUUCAGGUUUGCAGCUUGAUUUAACUACUUCCUCAAACUUACGUGAGACCGUUUCUAUGAGUUCUGAAACUAUUUGUGAUCAUGAGAAAAAAAAUUCCACUUUUGGAGAUGACUUCACUGAAUCAAAUGGAUACUUAUAUCCUGCAAAUGAAAACGCCAAUAAUGUGUUCAGUAACCCAGUGGCAUCUUCUGAUAUGUGUAAAAACCAGCCGAAAGAAAAAUCGAUCAAAAAAGUAUGUAUUUAUUUACCAGACAAUGCUAUUAAUAAUUCUCCUACUGAAGAUAUUGUGUCUCAGUGUAAUAAUGAAAGGACUUACAAAGUACCAGACGAACCAGAAAAUUAUAUAACGUCCCUUGAUAGACGACGAGUUGGAAAACUUAAAAGAAGGUUGAAAAAAGUUAACCACUCAAUAUUCACAACACAAACAUCCUCUGAUAUGUCAGAUACUUCUCAAAUUACUCUUAUAACUAGCAGUGAGAAAACUUCAAAAGAUAUACAAAUAACUCACUCAGUGAAUAACAUUGAAUCUCUUGCUCCUUGGUUAAAAGAGAAAUCCUUGCGUCCAAUAGCUCCUGGUCCAGUCACAGCCUCUAUAUUAGGGCAGUCUGUUCCUGUAUUAUCUGAUAUUUCAAUUGAUCUAACUGUUGAUGAUUAA